AUCGAGGAGUUUUUUUUUAAACCUGAACUGAGGGAACAGUAUUUCCGUUUAGUCACCAAAACAAAAGCGUGACAUAUUUCAGCACGUAUAAAACACAACUGUUAACAUGUAUAUGCCAAUAUAGAGUCAGUCUGGUUUUUAAUGUGGGAUUAUUUUUCAAAACCUGUCAAAUUCUUUGCAAUUUAGCGAUAUUUAGUGACUAAAAAAACAUGACUUCUGUCCGUAUAGCAGCUUCGUUUGUUUAUUUUGAAAGUUUCAAACCGGUAGAAGUGGUUUUCUAUUUUUUUUUAACUCAUCACAAAUUGUAACGUGCUGCAGCGCCUUUCCCUCACAACCAUGUGUUUUUAGUCUCUUCUAGUGGUGGAAAAACAUGAAUUCAGAAACCGAAGAAACCAUAACAUCUGUAGAAAUGUCUGCUGAACUUUCAUCAGCAGCAGAAACAUGCAACGGGAGGAAAAGAAAGAGGCAAGCCCAGGCGGCGCACAGCCCCAAGAGAUUCAAUACCAUGCAGGAAGGCGAGGAGACGCCGACGCGCAGACACGUGGCGAGGGUUUCUGUGCAGCCCGACCGCCUUCAACAACCUAUUACACAGAGUGAGCUGACGGAACUGCUGCACUACGCCGCUCUGGGGGCAGCAGGUGGCGUUAAACAGCCCAGCUGGUGUUGCCUCCACCAUCAGAAGAGGGUUAAAGCUGUGAACGUGGUGAUCGUGGAGGGGCUGACCCAGAGUGACUUUUACCAACACUACCUCGCCGUGCAGCACCUCCGGACCAGCUACUCCACCAGGGUCACCUUUACACCAUCGCCCACCAACCUGGCGUCAGGAAUCUUCGGCGGUGAAGUUCCUGAAUCGGAUGAUCCAUCUCUUCACCAAAGGCCCAGUGGAAGCAGUCCGGUGCCCAACGAAUUGAGGAUUCACCCAAUAAUUGCCAAGUUCGGGACACAGAAGAGAGGACUGACGGCGUAUGUUCUCACCCAGGAGGAGAUGAUCCAGAACCGCUACCCUGUCAAGGGAAUGCCGGGCUUUGAGGAAUUCGUGUGCACAGACGGUGUUGACUGUGUGACCGACAGCAGCCCUCUGUACGGACUCGACUGUGAAAUGUGUCUCACAGAGAAAGGAUACGAGUUGACUCGCGUCUCUCUGGUGGACAGUGACGGGAAGUGUUUGCUGGACCAACUGGUGAAACCUCCGACCCGAAUACUCAACUACCUCACCAAGUUCUCGGGUAUAACCAGAAAGAUGUUGCGACCGAUCACGACGACCCUGCGUGAUGUUCAAGUGAAGGUCGUUGAGUUGUUGCCGAGCGACGCCGUUCUGGUGGGACACUCGCUGGAUAACGACCUCGCGGCUCUGAAACUGAUCCACCAGCAUGUGAUCGACACCUCGCUGCUGUACAGGAGAGAAUUCGGACGGUUUAAACUGAAGGUCCUGGCAGAGAGCGUGUUGCAGAAGCAAAUACAAACUGAAGAGAUGACGGGUCAUAAUCCCAUUGAGGAUGCUGUAGCCGCCCUGGAGCUGGCUCAGUAUUUUAUCAAAAUGGGACCUCGUCAGGUUGUAGAGCUUCAUCUGGAGCUGUGGGGCUGCACGAUAGUGGACGAGCCCUCUGAACCUGAACCUGAACCUGAACCUGAACCGAGCCUCAGGUUCGCGGACAUCCUGCAGACUCUCGGCCGGUCGGUGGCCUUCUUCGGAAAGCGCUCGGACCUCCCCCUGGAUCUGUCCAACCAGCAGUGGUACAACUCUGACAAGGAGGUGGUGGCCUCCUUCAGGAGACAGACCAAGUGUCCGUUCCUCUCGGUGGUCCAGAUUUCUUCCCUCUCGGACCAUCUGAGGAGGUGCCCGACUCCACCGGAGCACCAGAGGGCGCCCGCGAUCCUUCGGGAUACGUGCGUCGUGUUCGCCGGGCCGUUCCCUGGUGAUUUCUCCGAGAGGAAUGUGAGGCGGCUGUUUCGCUGCUGCGGACCGGUUCGCAAGAUCAAAAUGUUGACCACAACUGUCAGGGUUCAUGCAGAGGUAGAGUUUGAGCUGCUGGAGGGAGCCGUGCUCGCUCUGAAUGUGUUUAAUGGACUUAAUAUACGGGGGCAGUCCAUCAAGGUGCAGAGGCCCGUUUACGAGUCGACGCUGGACCUGGAUCUGACUCUCGAGGCUUUGCAGUGCGACCGUCUCAACACCAGCCGCCUCUACGUCACGUUAAGCCCCAGUGUGGCUAAAGGCGUGUCGGCCAAUGGACACGAGGCGUACUGCAGAGUAAACGGCACCGGAGCGCCUCAACUGACCGAGGAGGCGAUCAGAGAGACGUUUGGUCACUUUGGUUCGGUGGAGAGAGUCGUCCUGUCCGCCCAACACGCGCACAUAAAGUUCGAGAGCUCAGAGGCUCGACACGCGGCCCUCAGCGCCUCCGAGGCGCUCCUGAAGGACUACGUCGUCUGUCCAUCCCUCACUCCGGCACACUUGACCUCGUGGGAUGCCAGCGGCGGCGAGGAGAGGACCCACGCCGCGUACACCAGCUCUCAGGACCAGGAAAUGGAUCUCAUGCUGAGGAAGUUGGACCGCCGCCUGUCGAAGCUCUUCGGAUUCCUCCCAGAAGGCACCUUGUCCGUGGUCGUGCUGCUCGGAAGCACAAGUGCUGAUGGCCACCUUCCUGGUUUGUGCCUUAUGGAGGUCAAGCAAGGCGAGGAGAAUGAUUAAACCUGCACUCGCCACAUCCGCCAGACUAGAGUGGUUUUAGUGAGAGCCGAGUGCGCUGCCUUUUUUGUAUAUAUUAAAGAAAAAAAACAAAAAAACAAUACUUGUAAUAUAUCUUCCGGAAAUAAUCAGCAUUACAAAUUGAAGUCUUUGGUAACCAAUGAUUUUAUCCGGUGAAUGUGGGAACUCAAGAAAAUCAAACCUCCAGAGAAGUCGGCAGAUUUAUGAAGGGACUGGAUCCAAAGACGCAGCGUAGCAAACACCACGUUGACUGAAUGUUUAAUUUUUUUAAAGUAAAACAGAUUGAGCAGUAUUUACCAUACAUCUUAUUUACAUUUUUUUUUUUAUUGCCAUUGAAUCAGUUUGGAUAUCAAACCACGAUUCAGAGCCAAGUGUUUCAAGUCACAGGUGUUACGAGAACGAUUAGCCGUCGUUCAAGUGUACCAAGAACAGCAGGACCCUGAAACUAAAAUGGAACUCAGCCAUCA